CACUCAUGCCCGCCCCGCCCACUGCCUAAUCAAAACAAAUCCAAAACAUCGUGGCUGAUACAUUCUACCGAGCCAGGGGCUCUCAAAUUUGAAAAAAUAGCUGGUUGCAGAAUUUUCAGCGCCUAGCAGGCUCUGCUGCAGUUCUGUUGUCUGUCCGAGUUGUUCAAGUGGAUUUCCUAUAAAAAUGACAGCACUUCGUCCGUUUACGUGCAACGACCUUUUCAAGUUCAAUAACGUCAACUUGGAUCCUUUGACGGAAACUUAUGGUCUCUCUUUUUAUCUUCAAUACUUAGCGCAUUGGCCUGAAUACUUUCAAGUGGCCGAAUCACCAAGUGGACAAAUUAUGGGAUACAUUAUGGGAAAGGCCGAGGGCAAUGGAGAAAAGUGGCAUGGGCAUGUGACAGCUCUAACAGUGUCCCCGGACUACAGGAGACUUGGCGUUGCCAACACCCUCAUGGCUUAUUUGGAGGAGGUUUCUGAAAAAAAAAGGGCAUACUUUGUAGAUCUUUUUGUCCGAGUCUCAAACAAGGUUGCCAUCAAAAUGUAUAAGGAGCUCGGAUACAUCGUCUACCGGACGGUGUUAGAAUAUUAUUCAGGAGACCCAGAUGAAGACGCUUAUGAUAUGAGAAAGGCUUUGUCGAGAGAUGUGAACAAAUCUUCCGUGAUUCCCCUCAAGCAUCCAGUCCGACCUGAAGAUGUGGACUAAUUUACCUUAAAUUUUGUUUUUAUUAUUUCUGUGUAAUGAUAAAUGUAAUUAGGGAAAUCAUGUAACCAUAAUUGAAUAUAUAUAAAUUAAUACCAUUUUU